AUGUUUCAGCUCUCAGCAUCGUCAGCAAAGAAAGAAGAAACCCAUAAACCCGAUAAAGGCGAUACAAUUAAUAUACAAACGCAAAAAAUGUGCUACAAAGAUGACACUAAUAUGCAAACGCAAAAAUUGUUGCCGUCAGCACAGAAAGAAAAGACUUAUACAUUUGAUAAUGAGAUAAUUAAUAAAAUAAUGAAUAUACUACACGAGAACGCAAAUAACACAAUAAAAGAAAUUACCAAUUUGCUACCACCUAGAAACACAGAGCUCGAAGAAAAGACAGAUGAAAUGCGACGCAAGAAUAAGGAACUUGAAGAAAUACGACGUAAGAAUAAGGAACUCGAAGAAACACGACGUAAGAAUAAAGAACUCGAAGAAACACGACGUAAGAAUAAAGAACUCGAAGAACAGAUAGAUGAAAUGCAGCAGGCACAAAAAACUAUUGAACGUUUAACACGUGAGGCAUCAAGGUAUCAAGCUGAAUUAGGUAGGACGAUAAAUGUUCGAUUAAGCAACGAUUUCAACAAUUCUUCUCAACUUAGAGAAGACAUUAAGGCUUUGAAAAAAAAUCUUGAAACCUUCUCUGUUGUUAAGCCCGCUAAAGAUUUUCAUAUUAAUAAAGAUAAAGCAAACAGACUUUUAAAAUUGUAUAAGUGUACAAAUAUUGUAGAUGACGGGCAUUACAAAUCAUUACUUCAGGCCACAUUACAGAGAUUUAUCCUUGAAUCAAUGAUUAAAGAAAUCGAUCGAUAUUUUUCAAGCGCCGACUGUUCAGACUUCGAAAACAAAAUCGUUAAAAACACGGAACCUCUGUUAAAUUAUAUGGAUGGUUUUGUUAAAUCUCGUAUAGAAAAUGAUAAUAUUACUCAAAAGUUACCAAUAAUGCUUAGACAACAAAUCUAUAGUCUUCUGGGCAAUCGUGGAUUCACUUCAAUUGUAUCAUCUAAAGGAAUUAUAGAACAUCCGUUUAUUAGUUAUCUUCAAGAAAAAUUAAUUAAAACUAUGAACCAGUUUCGAAUUGUAAGAGAUUCUAGCAAACAAAAGAUUUUUAAUGACAUGGCUACAAAGCUUUCUCGUGACAUUAUUAGAAUAUUCUUUUUUGGCUUAAAAGCUCAAGAACAAGUAGCUGAUUUGCCAGUCUGGUUUGAAUGUGAUAAUCGAGUAAAUCCUGAUCUUAUGGAGGGUGCAUUUGAUCCCGAUGAUUGUCAAGAUGAGUUUGUGCAAAUUUGUGCAUUUCCGCUUAUAGGCAUUGAUUUGAAAAAUGAUGAAAAACGGAAGAUACUUAGUCAAGCAAAUGUUCUUAUAACACGAUGCACGACCAAUUAA